GACCUCCACAUCCAUAAAUCAACGACACCCAUCCACACGCUCACUCUACCACCCCAAUCCACAAGCGAGGGCUCCAUCACACACCAUGCAGUCUCUACGCUGCGUCCGCCUUCUCGCGCGCCCAACAUCUCGAAUCUCAACGCCGCAAACCAUUGUCACAUCUCGAGCCUUCUCUCUCCUCUCUCCGCGCCGUCCUCAGCUUCUCCCUUGCUCCUGCAACGCGAUCACACCCUCUACAACUCCCUCCGCCGUCACGGCCGCCGACGGCACCGUGCUCGACCUCCUCCCGAAGAUAUCUGCGCAUCCUUCCCUGGUAUCGUCGCAGGUGCGAUGUGGGCCCCGAGAUACGUUUAGUCCGAGUCACCGGGUGCGGAAGCGGAGACAUGGGUUUCUGGCACGGCUGAGGAGUCGGGGCGGGCGGAAGAUUUUGAUGAGGAGGAAGUUGAAGGGGAGGCAGGCGCUGACGCAUUAGUGCGGUGUUUACUGUUUCAAGAAAGGCAGGAUAUUACUCGAGGGGUUGAAGAUAGCAUUGUUCAAUUUCCGCAUAUUAGGUGCGCGAGUGUAUAUCAGGAAGCGGUGUAUUAUACGGGCAUAUUGGUCCUCCUCCACAAGCAUCCUUUUCGAAUUCAGAAAUAGGUGAUAUAUGGACGUUGUUUGGAGCUACGGAAGACUAUGAGCUGAGCGUGAAUUGAAUACUCGCAGUUGGUCGCGUAAGAUUAUUGAACUACGAUGGGUCCACGCGGUGUGCACGCCGCGUCUAUCAAAAUCGAUUUCACACGGUUAGAUUCG